AUGAGAAAAUUGUUUCUUUUAAGUUUUGUUUCUAUUAAUUUGGGUGUGAUUUGUCAUGGAGAGUUGUUCACCGCUUUAUCUGACUUAGAACCGCUGCUGACGACCCAUAAAAAAGUUGUUGAAGAUUUAGAAGACUACAUCGGUAGAGAAGAGGAAAGGCUCAACACACUAAAAAGAUAUGUACAAGUGUACAAACGAGAACAUGUGCAGGCGAUGGAAGACAUACCGAACUACCUCGGCAACCCUAUAAACGCGUUCACACUCAUCAAGAGGAUGACCACAGACCUGGAGUACGUCAAACUGAAUAUUGAUUUAGGAGCAGAACAUGCAAGAAAUAUCAGCAUCACGCAGUACGAGAACGCCACUUACCCCAGCGCGGAGGACUUACGCGGCGCCGCCCGCGCUCUCACGCGCCUGCAGGAAACUUACCUUCUCAAGGUCGAAGAUCUCGCUGAAGGAAUACUAAAUGGAGUUGUUUAUGGUUCUGCAAUGAACGCGAAUGAUUGCUUUGAGCUAGGCAUAGCGCUAUAUAAUGAAACGGAGUACAGAAAUUCCUUAGCGUGGAUGUCAAUCGCUCUAAAAAAAUACAACGAAGAGAUCUCCUCAUACCCAUUAACUGAAGUAGAUAUCCUUGAGUACAUUACUUUUGCAAAUUACAUGCUAGGAGACGUCAAAAAAGCUGAAGAAUUGACGGAAAAAAUAGUCGCCAUAGAUCCGACAUAUGAUAUACGUAAGCCUAAUGUCACCAUUGCCGAACAGGAGAGAAAAAAGAGACUGAAUGGGGUUACCGGAGAAGAUUCUCUUGAAACAGAGACUGAACAAACGCCCAAGGAUUUGAGCGAUGACUAUGAGACUCUGGAAACAUACAAGACGCUGUGUCGCGGAGAAAUUGAUGUCUCGCCUGAAGUAGAGAAGGAGCUAACCUGUCGUUACCUGACGGAGAAUCACCCGUUCCUGCGUCUGGCGCCGAUCAAGAUGGAGUACAAGUACCGCGACCCCGACAUCGUGCUGUUCCACGAGGUGCUCAGCGACUCGGAGAUACAACAUCUCAAGGAGCUCGCGCAGCCUAUUUUUCAGCGAGCCAUGGUGCGCGAUGCUGUUUCGGGCAAUUCUUUACCAGUGGACUACCGUAUUAGCAAGUCGGCCUUCCUAACUGACGAGAAGUCGCCGGUAGUGGAGAGAGUGAGCAGGCGGGUCGCGGAUUUUACAGGAUUAGACAUGGACACUGCUGAAGAUCUACAAGUUGUCAACUACGGCAUUGGCGGUCAUUAUUUGCCACACUACGAUUGUACCACCUCCGAGGACAUACAGUUCGAAAAUGAAAUUGGGAACAGAAUAGCAACAGUAAUAUUUUAUAUGUCAGAUGUGGCUCAAGGCGGCGCCACGGUGUUCCCGGAGCUAGGGUUGAGCCUUUUUCCGGUACGCGGGGCGGCCGCGGUGUGGCUCAACCUGCACGCGUCCGGGGAGGCCGACCUAGCAACCCACCACGCCGCUUGCCCCGUGCUGCGCGGCUCCAAGUGGGUAAGCAUUAAAUGGAUUCAUCUCGUCGGUCAAGAGUUUGUAAAACCUUGUGGAUUGGAGUACCAGCCGGAAGGUAUGAAAGGAUCUUUAAAAAAAACUGUUACUAAAUAA